AUGGCAUCUACACGGCAAUACGAUCUGGUCGUUCUUGGCCCAACCGGAUACACAGGUCGGUUCUGUGCUGAGCAUAUCGUGAAGAAUCUUCCUACCGAUCUGAAGUGGGCUAUUGCUGGGCGUUCACCUCACAAGAUCGAGCCUAUCGCAAAGGAUCUCAAGGCCUUGAAUCCUGAUCGCUUGGCCCCCGAUGUCUUGGCCGUUUCGCUGGACCCUACCGAGCUGGCUGAGCUUGCGCAAAAGACCAGGCUGAUCAUUAAUUGCAUUGGGCCGUAUAUCCUCUACGGAACUCCCGUCGUGGAAGCGUGCGCCAAAAAUGGAACCCACUACGUUGACGUCACUGGCGAGACACCAUGGAUCCGAUUAAUGGUUGAAAAGUACCAUGAAACCGCCAAAGCAAACGGCUCGAUCAUCAUCCCCUCCCUCGGUUUCGAGAGUGUUCCAGCAGACAUGCUUGCCUGGUCCCUUGUGAAACGGGUUCGCGAAGAUCUGUCCAGUCAGACCCGCUCGAUCGAAUCCUGCAUCAAGAAGAUCAAAUCGGCCGGUGCGAGCGGCGGCACUCUGAACUCCAUUUUCAGUAAUUUCGAAGCACUUCCCGUCUCCCAGCUCUUCAAGGGCUUCCAGCCCUUCUCCCUCGCUGUAUCUACCCCACCUAAGGAUGUUCCCGGUGAAUCAAUCCUCGAGAAGCUCCUGGGCGUGCGAUACGUUCGCGAUCUUGGCACCCUGACUACCUCACCGAACGGCAUGGCGGACAUGGCCAUUGUCCACCGCAGCAGCAGCCUGAUGUCCGAGCUGUAUGGCAAGCGAUUCUACUUCCGUCAGCUCUUGUAUGUGAGGAGCUAUUUCCUGGGUGUUCUCUUCCAUGUCGGGUUCAAUCUCUUCAUGGCGUCUUUGCUGAUUCCUCCCGUGCGCUGGCUCCUUCGACGUGUUGUAUAUGCUCCAGGCGCUGGCCCUAGCUUGGAGAGUACUCGGAAUGAUUAUGCAGAGCUGAACGCAGUUGCGACAGCUGACCAGAAUACGCCCAACCCCAAGCGUGUCUUUGGCAAAUGGUACUUCCAGGGCAGUCAAUACGUGCUCACUGGGUUGCUUGUUGCUGAGGCUGCUAUGGUUAUCUUGAACGAGGAGGAUAAAGUCAGAAAAGUUUCCCGAGGUGGCAUUGUCACAUCCGCCACCCUGGGGCAGGCCUAUGUCGAUCGUCUGGACAAGGUCGGCGUUCAUAUUGAAACCAAGGUUCUUGAGGAUUAA